CGUGCGGCGAGCUGCGCAGCCGCCCUGCGCAUCCGCCAGCUGAGCUGAGGUGGACGGCGCAGCCAUUUCUCUGCUCGUCGCUGGAAAACAAAAUCCGCGCGGGGGGAGAGUCGCCCUGGCGCGCACGCGGCCGAGCGGAACGUUCCUCGAGCCGAACGCGGCGGCGUGACUUCCGGCCGGAGCGUGCAUCGCCGAUCAACAACCGCGAUCUCCAAACUUUCUCUCCCGUUGAACGCCUGCGCAGACAAAAACGAGCGCAUACCUAUGGACGCGAACCUGCAUGGAGGCGGCGCAGCGAUGCAUGUGAAAACCGAAGCCGGGGAUGAAAGCUCAUCUGCGCUGGGUUUGGGCAGCCGGGAGUCGCCUGCGCCCUGCGGAGAUGCCGCAUGCAGAGCGGGAGCAGGAGCAGGAGGAGGGGCGCAGCAGACUGCGGAGGAACUGACUGACUCGGAGCUGCAGGCCAACACCUCGGCUCCCUCCGUUCUGCUGUAUCCCGUGAGCACAGAUCGGUUCUUUACAUCAUCGUCCGAUGGGAAAACAUACCUGAAGAUUGCCCCAGCUGCAGUGCUGCCACCUGCUCCCUCAGACAAGACGCUCUCCUCCGGCUCCGAUUUCUCCUCCAAAGCUGUCCUGUGCCUGAUAGAGGCCGUCGGCCGCCGGUGGGGUCUCUAUGAGACGCGGGAGCGCUCCCAGCUCUUCCAGAGCGUCCAGGAAGAGAUGGCCUCAAAGGGCCACAUCCUUCCCGUGGAAAAAAUCCGCCGCAAGUGGAACAACCUCAUUGUCACGUACAAGAGGGUCAAGGACCGCAGCCGGGAGACGGGACAUGCCAAAACAUCCUGGGAAUUCUUUGACCUCAUGGAUGCCACGCUCUGUGAUACUAUUGGCUCGCAGAUCGUUAGCAACAAAAGGAACAAAGGUAGCAGUACAGCUUCUUCACUGGCCAUUCCUUCAACAAAGAUCCCUGCAAAACCAGCACAGCUUCCGCAGCCCACCACCAUCAUCCGUCCCAAUGGGGACUUUGCUGGGACCGGGGGUUUGGAUACGGCCAGUCUGGGAGCUGCCGCCAAUCAAAUCAUGAGUAGCACCGCUGCCAGUCCCUCACAGACUGCAACAACUGUUACGCUUGUCAAUGCUCCAGAGGUCAAGCCAGUUAUUGUCCUCAAUGGUGACAUUGUCACUACUAGCAUUCAGCCAGCGACCAUCGUACCGUCUCCAUCGUUUAUCUCUUCACCAUGUUUCACUGAAACAGCCUCUGCAUCUUCUGCUCUCGGCUCAUCUGGCAGCACAGACCUGGGCUCGUCGGCCUACAAAAGCCGAAAAGGUCCGUCUUUCACGUCAGGUGUCACACCUUUCUGCCUCGGUACGACCCCACUUAGCCACACUCAGAACAUCCUUGGCCUCUCUUCGUUCCCCACAUUGUCUUCCUCUCACACCACUUCCAGUGCCGCUUCGCUAUCUGCACCUGCGAGUGUGGGGACAGGGGGGCAGAACCAGAAAGGAAACAAGGAGCAAGGCAGCAUCGGGUUGUUCCAGGAGGUCCUGAAGCAGCAGGAAGAGCAGGGCUACCUGGAUCGGGUGGCUCGGCGCAGGGUGGAAGCCAGAGAGAAGAGGCGUGAGAGGAGGGAGGUGCGGAUGUCAGAGUCUCUUGGAAGGAUAGCCACGGCCUUGGAGCUGCUCUCCUCCAAGCAGGAUACGGUCAUUGCGCUGCUGCAAAGACUGGCAGAUCGGAAAUGAUGAGUUUAAGGCAGAAACAUGGUCAUUUUGAACCUAGAUUGAAAUUUUCCUUUAUGAAGACUUCUCCUUCUAUUUUGUGAACAAGAACAUUAUCAAGAAGAGGUUUCGCUCAUCAGAAACCUCGAGAGAUCAAUUUGUGUUUUUAUGUACUUUCAGUUUGUUGCACUUACACUUCCAGUUAAAAGUUUACAUACACUCGCCAUCGAAGGGAAUUCAUUUUGGGCCUUUAAGGAUGUAUUUGAACCCCAUGAUAAUAUUUGGAGAUACAGUGUGUUCCAUUAGUGAGUUGAACCUAGAAAUCAUCAACAAGCUUCUGGCACAAUUCUGGUUUGGUGUUGGACCAUUCUUCCCAGCAGAGUCAAUUGAGUUUGUUUGAACUGGUUUGUUUCCUGCUGAUGGACUUUAAACCAUCGUCAAACAUUUCCAGUAAGUUUAAUGGUUACGGCUAACUAAGUAAAUAUUCCAAAACCAGUUUUGGUGUGUUUUUGGGAUCAAUGUGCCAUUGGAGCAAACACGAUUGUGUCCAAGCUUUAACCACAUGACCCUCGGCGUCAACAAGAACAUGGUUAGGAUGUUCAAGAAAGCCCAGGUGUUCAAAGCUCAAUGAACUGAGAGGGUGUUGGCCAAGAAACAAACCCUAGCUAUUAAAUGGUCAUCUUCAAGCCUGAUGGAAAUAUCAAGCUGCCCACAAGAACAAUCAAAAUGCCUUCUGGUGAACUGUUAAAUUGUCAGAUUUAGCUGUUUAUCAAAAAUUCUGAGAAUAAUGUUAGAACAAUCAGGCAUCAUGGUGACAGUAUCAAACUGAGGGUUUGUUUGGCUUCCAGUCGUACAAAAUGGAUAAAACUUGGAUACAGUUGGAUGUUCCAACAGGACCAUGGUCCCAACACACCAAAACUUAGCAUUAAGCAAAUAUAUUGGCACUGACCUCUUCCAUAUUAGAAAUUGUGGUCUAUUCCUUAAAACCCUCUAAAACACAAUCUAUUUAAAUAAACUCGGCUAGUUGUCGACCAUCCAGCCCAGAAUAUGACAGAAGAUUCUUGAUAGCUGGAGAAAGUUUCUCAAAGUUUCUCUGCAACUGGCAUUUUGUAGAGAUGUAAUUAUAUAUUUAAGAUUACAUGUAUAUUUUUUACUUUGUGUGAACUAGAGAAAAUCUGCAAUAAAUUCUA